CGGAACAGAGAGACAGAAAAAUCGAUGUUGAUUUUUAUUCUGGAGCUUGUUCUCUAAGUUGUGUAGAAUAAAAAGUAUUUUUGUGCAGAAAAAUGUGCCAAGAAAAGUGUGUGUAAAAAAAAAUUCAUUCUAAGCACAAAUUGCAAGUUUAAAAAAUGUUAGGAACUGCAAGCAACUGUAGUUGAAUUUUUGAAGUUAAGUACUAGUAAACAGAUAACUAGUGAAAAAUGUAACACUAUUAUGCAGUGCUGUUUGUAACAUUUAAACUGAUGCCAAAUAAACGCUAUAGAACUAUUUUUUAAUAAUAUAACCUAAAAUACUGUAAUGACUGGGCUCAUUGCGGUACACUGUGGUGCAGGGCAUCAUAGUGGCAAGUAUCACAGGGAGUACAAGAAGGUCUGCAAUAGAGCUUGUCGAAAGGGUAUGGAGGUUCUUCGAAAAGGAGGCAGUGCACUAGACGCUGUAAAGGAAGCAGUAAUUGUUUUAGAAAAUGACCCUUUGACAAAUGCAGGAUAUGGAUCAAAUUUAACGACAGAAGGAUUUGUUGAAAACGAUGCUUCAAUAAUGAAUGGUAAAACUUUAUCAUUUGGUGGAUGUGGUGCGAUUAAAAAAGUUAAGAAUCCUAUAACUUUAGCAUAUGAUCUGUGCGUAAAGCAAUCAGAUCCUUUGCCAUUAGGUCUGAUUCCACCCACCCUACUUGUGGGACCUGGUGGUCUCCAACAUGCUAGAAAUGUGGGAUUAAAGAUAGUGAGCAAUAACAAACUUAUAAGUGAAAAAGCAACAAAACAGUUUGUUAAGUAUAAAGGUAUGCUAGAACUACAAGAAGAGAAUCAGCUUUUGGAUACAGUUGGAGCUGUUUGUAUAGAUGACACAGGUCACGUAGCAGCUGCUUGCAGUUCAGGUGGUUUGUUAUUAAAAAGACCGGGAAGAGUGGGUCAGGCAGCAUUAUAUGGUAGCGGAUCAUGGGCAGACAGUUUUGACAAAGUUUCGGAAUCAUCGGUAGCCGUGUGCACUACAGGCUGUGGCGAACACUUAGUUCAAACACAACUUGCUAAAGAAAUAGCAGAAGACUUGAAACAUUGCACUUGCCCAACGUCGGACUUACAUAAGACAAUGACUGAUAAAUUUUUAAAAUCCAGAUAUCUGAAAAAUGUUAAACAAAAAAUGGGGGGUGCUUUAGUGCUCCAUGUUAGCUUGAAUGGUGAGGUGUCCAUAUUAUGGGGUCACUCUACGGAAACCAUGGCUGUAGGGUACAUGAGGUAUACUGACCAAAAACCACAGAGUAUAAUUUCUGAACUGCCUAAUGGAGCUCAAGUUGGCCAAACUGUGAAUAUAAGUGGAUCUCAUUUCUUCAUUAAUAAAAACUCACAGUAAUACCAUUUUAUUUAUCUGCUAAUUAUAUGAAAGGAAAAUUAUUUUAGGUAGAAGAAAGACGUGAUAUGUUAUAUACAUAAAAAUUUAAUUUUUCUGUGUAUAUCAUACAUGGUUAAAACAUUUGGCAAAAUAUACUCAGUAAAUUUGUAAUCGCACUAAUACUUAUUUAAUAAAAGGUUUGUGCGUUUUUCUUUCUUUCUUAAUACACGUAUAUUCAAUUUAAUAAAUUCAAAGCGGGCAAGAAAAGUUAAUACAUAUAACAUUGAAGGCAUUUGGUAAAUACUAUACGACUUCAUUAUUAACAUAAAAGAAAUUCAAAAUUAAUCCACAAAAAUCUUAAGGUGAGUUAAAGCGAACAAAGUCUUUGAAAUUGGUAAAAAUACUGUUAAAACGUAAAAAUUAAUUUUAAGUACACUGGUAAAUUAUUUGUUUCGAGAUCAAUAUUUUUAUAAUCAUUGCCAUCGACAGCAUUUUUGAUUCUUGAGGAGCACAUUAUUUUCAAAACGGUAGCUACAUGGUAUAAUGAUUUUAAGAAUACAAAUCAGUCUAAAAUUGUGAUAAUGGAAUGUAAGUAAAGUCAUGGUAAAUACAAAACUGUCAAUAAAGUUUUCCAAAAAUCUUCAUUCGAAUACACACAAAAUAAAUAUAUACAUAUACUCUAUUUAAAGCAGACUUAAAGCUUCAGUUGGAUAUUCUACGGGGUAUUCUACACGAUAAACAUUAAAAUUAUCCUAUACCUGGAAUAUUGUUAAAGUAUGUUUUUGGAAGACAAGUUGUAUUUGUGAAUUUGUAAGUCAGUCAUUCUAAAAAUUGAACUGUGUAAAUCAGUCUUUAUAUCUUAUGAAACACUGGUAUCAAGUUUAGACUAGGGUUGAGUGGAAUUUUAAUUUUCGACAUUAAAUCUCAUAAAACUGAGUGAAAUGUCCUGAAUGCAAAGCAAAUUAUAUGAAAUUAAUGCACUCGUCAAGAAAAUAUGUUAAAAGGGGGCAUGUAGAAAGACAUAGGCCCCCACCAGUUUUUACCCCUCGAUUGUGAAAUUUAAUAUUAUUAAUUAUUCUUAAAAACUAACAUUUAAUAAUUAAGGCCCUUUCAUUUUUUGAGGUCUGUAUACGCCACCGUUUGACGAUAUAAAAAUAUCAGGUAUAAAGUAACUAUUAUUUCUAAGUUCAGAAAUGCCAUUUAGUAUCUUAAAAUGGAAGAACUUUUUUGGGUGAUGUGCAGAUAUUCAAAAAAGUGAGAAAAUCUUUUUUAAAUAACAUGGUAACUCGGUUUAUUUAAGGGGUAAAGCCACCAGAAUUUUGAGUUUUUUUUUCGAGGUGGAGCGCAACCAAUCACAGCACACUGCAACUCCUGAAAACACAUGCGAUAGCUACUAUAGAGGUCAGAUCGAGUCUCAGAUCAAACUGAAAAGAGGAGGAUGAAGAAAAUGUCAUUAUAGAAUGCCAGUUAUUAUGGUGCAGGCAUCGCUAAUUGAAGGUAUACAUAUAAUGAAUUUCUUACGCUGAGGGGCAACAAACACAGUUUGUCUAAAUAUGAAUUAAUGCACAAAUAACAGACUUUCCUCCAUUUUAACGCAGAUUUUCU